ACAACAAAUACUAUGUUAUAAAAAAAAAAACAUUCAAUUAAACUAUAGUAUAAUUUUUUUUUUUCAUUUUACUAUAUAUAAAUCAUUAACCAUAUCCUUUACUUCUAAUAAAUCCCUCCAAUAAACUAUAAUCCAACAGAAAAAACUAACCUUCAUGUCUCCGUUUCCAAAUUAUUUGUAUUUCACUUUUGCUCUGUUCCUUCUCCUCCUUUCGCUCCCAUCUUUUCCCGCCAGAAUACUACAACAGGAUCCGUUAACUGAACUCGCCGCCGAUAUUCAAAACAACACGUGGCAUGCUUUCGUUAAAUUAAUCGACGCCGGAAAAGGCAGUCAGGUCACCGGCAUGUCGGAGCUCAAAAAAUACUUCCAGCGGUUUGGCUAUAUGCCGAUUCCCGAUCAAAAUUUCACCGAUUUUUUCGACGAAGACUUAGAGUCUGCAGUACUCAAUUAUCAGAAAAGCCUCGGAUUAACAGUUACCGGAAAUCUAGACGACGAAACGAUGAACGAAAUUAUGCUUCCGCGUUGCGGUAUGAGCGAUUUAGUUCACGAUCACAGCUCGAUACAUACUACAAAAAAUUACGCUUACUUUUACGGGAGACCUAGGUGGACGAAAACAUCUCCGAUGACUUUAUCUUACGCUUUCUCACCGAAUUCAAUGAUCGAUUACAUCGGCGCAUCGGAAAUUAGAUCCGUUUUUCAACGAGCGUUUGCGCGGUGGUCUUCUGCGAUUCCGGUGAAUUUCACUGAAACAGAGGAUUACCUCACAGCGGAUAUUAAAAUCGGUUUCUACAGCGGUGAUCACGGCGACGGAGAACCUUUCGACGGAGUGUUGGGAGUGUUAGCUCACGCUUUUUCGCCGGAGAACGGGAGGUUCCAUUUAGACGCGGCGGAAACAUGGGCCGUUGAUUUUGAUGAAGAGGGAUCGAAGGUGGCUGUGGAUUUAGAAUCGGUGGCGACCCAUGAGAUUGGGCAUGUACUUGGGCUUGCUCAUUCAUCGGUUAAAGAUGCAGUAAUGUACCCAAGUUUAAGCCCAAGAACGAAGAAAAGGGAUUUGAAGCUUGAUGACGUGGAAGGGGUCCAAGCUUUAUAUGGGUCAAACCCGAAUUUUAAGUACACGCCAUCAUUGGAACAUGACACAUCAUCAUCAAGUAGAAGAAGAACAAGAACAACAUCAAAGUGGACCACUUUUUUGGGAAUGGUGGUUUUGAUCUUUUCAUUGUGUUUAUGAUUUGAUUGCUUAUAUUUUUUUAUUUUUUUUGGAUGGAUGUAUUUAAAAGAUAGUGAU